AUGGCCAAAGUCAAGAAGGAAGCCAGCUCUGGCAAGUCUGUCAAGAAGUCGAAGGUGCAGAAGAGCAGCAGCUCUACUCCAUCCGCUCCUCCAGCCCAAUUGCUCGACCUUGUCGAAUCUUUCCUCUCCGACCACUCGUUCGCGGGCGCUCACCGCGCAUUCAAAGAGCAGAGGACGCAGAAUGGCUGGCCGCUCUCUGGCGAAGCCUCCCGCGUGUCAACCCCAACACUUGUCAGCGUCUUCGAGUCCUGGAACACAAGCAAUGGAGGUUCGGUCUCACAGGAGGCAGUGAAGGCCGUCACCAAAAUCAGCUCGAGCAGCAGCAGUGAUGAUACAUCCAGUAGCUCAUCUGACAGCGAGGAGGAGGGCGGUGAUGUCGAGAUGAAGGAUGUCGCGGAAAAUGAUGACAGCUCUAGCUCGGAUAGCUCGAGCAGCAGCGACAGCGACAGUGAAGUUGAGGUUGCGAAGAAAGUGGUGCCUGCCAAGUCUGGACCAUUGAAGCGCAAAGCUUCUGACAGCUCGUCAUCGUCAUCCUCCUCCUCCUCGGACUCUGAGUCGGACAGCUCUGACUCCUCAAGCUCGGACGAUGAGAAGCCGCAAAGCAAGAAACAAAAGGUUCAACAGAGCUCAUCCUCUUCGUCAGACUCUAGCUCCUCCGACUCGUCAUCGGACUCUGAUUCCGAUUCCGAUUCUGAGGACGAGGCGGUACCGAAGAAAAUCCCGGAGCCCCGUGCCGGCCUGACCGCUGUCGUCGACGGUUCGUCAUCGAGCUCAAGCUCCGACUCUAGCUCUGAUUCUUCUUCAGAUGAAUCGGACUCUGAGUCGGAAGACGAGAAGGCCGCCAAGGUCCCGCUCCCAGAUUCUGACUCUUCCUCGGACAGCUCGUCUGAUUCUGACUCUUCCGAUUCUGACUCCGAGCCCGAGGUCAAGAAGGAGCCUAAGCAGGCGUCUCCCGUGAAGAACGGCUCGGACACAUCUGCUACAAUGGGCAAAACGUCACCUGAGUUCUUCCCAGUCUCUACAUUCGCACCAUUGCCUCCCGAUCCGAUGAAGCUCAACAACCGAGGCAAGAACGGGGCAGCAGAGCCUAAGAAAGUGAACGAGCCGUUCUCGCGAAUCCCAAAGAAUGUCCAGGUCGACCCGAGACUGCAGUCGAAUGCCUUCAAUGCCCACGACUGGGGUCGCAAGGCGCACGAGGACCUUAUUGUGACAAAAGGCAAGGGCUUCACGAAGGAGAAGAACAAGAAGAAGCGUGGCAGUUACCGCGGAGGUCUUAUCGAUGCUAAUGCUCGUAACGGCAUCAAGUUUGAGGAUUAG